AUGACAUCUAGAACUGUUGCUGAGAUUAACAGGAGCGAUAUUGAAGACUGUAGCCCUUGCACCCCCGCAUCAAUCACCGACGUCAGACAUCUAUCGUCCUACAACUGGAUUGAAAGGCCUACUGCCACGAUCGCCGUCCCGGGGAGCCCACCUCGCUGGUCAGCCCCCAGGACCUCCAAGCAGCUCCAAAAGGAUUCGGGCUUAUAUUACAUAAACCAAAAUGAAGCUCGCUAUCCAGAAAGCUCACUAGAGCCUCUCUUCCGGGCUUUGUACCUUACACACCCUGCUUUCGAUGUCUGCUCUAUUGAUGUUGUAACCGAUCGAAACAACAUCCGCAAGCUACUGGCUUUCAUCAACUCUGACCUGGACCCUGGUAAUCUUGAGCCAUUUACUAUAGCGGUCGAGGUCAUCGGGACAACCGCGUUGUUUCUCCGAGAUGAGGCAGCGGUUACUAGGUAUAUCGCGCCAAAUGAGUUUCGUGGCUUUGGCCAUAAAUUCGAGGAAGAAUACACCGUCAACCAGGUCAAUGAUAGCACUGGUCACCAUAGGAUCAUCGCAUAUCGAUUUUGUGAUCUAGAAUUUGUUGUACGCUACGAAGCUGACGGAUACGUGGCCACUGAUCAGAUCGAGGGGCCUCAAGACGACCCUCUACUCGAUAGUAUGAGAGAUUUAUCGUUGUCCUCAGCUACCGGCGCCUCAAGCGUCAACCCUGUCCCAUCUAAACUGGUUAUCACGGGAGAAGGUCGAGUAGUGCCGCCAGAGUCAAUCCUUGAAAUCAAAACCCGAGCGAUUAGCAGACACUUGCCUAUAGAGGACGUUGCAGCCCAGCUCUGGGUAUCACAAACUUCAAAGCUCGUCCGAGCAUAUCAUUAUCGAGGGAAGUUUGAAGUACCACAAGUCGAGAACGUGGAAGCCCAGGUUAAGAGAUGGGAAGAGCUGAACCAGAAUGACCUGAAGCGUUUAGCGUCACUAAUCAAAACAAUAUCCAACUUGGCCAAGCAAUAUGGGGGGAAAGUUACUGUUAAAUAUGAUGGCGGAAGCAAAUUGUCACUCUACCAGUCCGAAAAGGGAGACAUGUUGCCUCACUUCCUGUAUUACAAAUGGGAAGAAAAUGGCAAUACACAAGCGAAGACAACAGCGAGCAAACAGGCAGAGGGAAUUUUGCCAGAUACGGUCGACCGGGGUCAAGGGAAGACCACUGAGAUGACCAAGGCAAGAUACGGCGAUGGAUCUUACUCCGAAAUGAUCAGCUACGGAGUUGAUAAUGGAUUUCGACAGUUCUUUCGCCGCAUGCCCAUGGAGCUCUCCCAGUAUCAUCUUCUUUGCGACACCCUCGAUUCUCUUGCUAUUGAUGUCACUGAAGGCCGCACCAUUCGUGACAUCAUGUACGACAUGAGGAAAGGUAAGGACGAUUGGGAUCCAGAAGAGGGAACAGAGAUCAGAGGACAAAAGGAUAUCGCGCGAGAUUCAGCCUUUCGACUUUUGUACAUGCUUAUGCAAUCUCACGUUGUAGACACCAACAUGGCGUACAAUGCGGUAUUAUUUGUGGUUUCACACCAUCGGAUCUUUCAGCCUAGGACUCGAAAAAUAGUAAGGGAGGCUUUAGAAGAAAACUAUCUAGUGUUAGCAAAACAGCAAGCAGGUCUAAAUAAGUAG